UGCGUAUGUAUAUAUAUGAGUGGGUGUGUGUAUGUUGUGUCUUUCCCUCCCCCUAUUGUAUCGAUUGACAGAAACCACCGUUAACUCUGCCGGUGUCCGCCAGAUGUCAGCAAAUCCACACCAUUUCCCCGACAACACAGUGAACCAUUUCAAGCCACAUUGCCGUCUUCGUCCUCGUCCUCGUCGUCCACCUGCUGCUGCUGUCAAACACCGAAGAUGUUCAACAGAAACACGGCACCAUCACCCAUCACAGUAACAGCAAUGUGUUCGUGUCGACACACACUCCAUACUCUAAUAGUCCUCACUUCCUUAACGCUCAUCCUUGUCCUCUCCUCCACCGCUCCAAUGGUUUCUGCGUCCGUUCCUCGCCUCAGGUUCGAAUAUAAACUCAGUUUUAAAGGACCACAUCUCAUACAAAAGGACAAAAGUAUACCGUUCUGGGAAUACGGCGGAGAUGCCAUCGCAGGUGAUGAAAAUAUUCGACUGACGACAUCUUUGAAAAGUAAAAAAGGUUGGGUGUGGACCAAAAAUCCUGUCCCACAUGACAAUUGGGUCAUUGAAGUGACCUUCCGGGUCACAGGCCGUGGAAGGGUCGGAGCUGAUGGCUUGGCCAUCUGGUACACGCUGGAUAAAGCAAUCGAAGGUCCUGUUUUUGGUAAUAUGGACAAAUGGAAUGGAAUGGGGCUUUUCUUUGACUCAUUUGACAAUGAUGGGCAGCGAAAUAAUCCCUACAUUCUUGUAAUGCUAAACAAUGGUACGAGGGAGUAUGGCCACAUGAAUGAUGGACACGACCAACAACUGGGUGGAUGUCUUAGAGAUUUCCGCAACAAACCUUUUCCGCUAAAGGCCAGAGUGGAAUAUUAUAAAAACUCCCUCACAGUGUUUAUUCACAAUGGGAUGUCCAGUAACCAAAAUGAAUAUGAACUGUGUCUGCGUGCAGAGGGCAUCCACCUUCCCAAGAACGGAUUCUUUGGGGUGACGGCUGCAACAGGCGGAUUGGCAGAUGACCACGAUGUAAUGGCGUUCUUGACUCAUUCCAUGCAUGCUCCGGCUGACCAGCUGGACACAGGCACAAAAGUGUCAGAAGACGAGAAAAAGAAACUUGAUGAAGAAUUCAAAGAGUAUUACAAGAAACUUGAACAGGCCAAAGAAGAUUUUAAAAAAGAAAAUCCAGACAAGGCAAAGGACAAAUAUGACAUUGAUGUGGAUAAAUGGUUUGAGAGUCAAGGUGAGAGGGAACUGAAACAGAUCUUUGAAGGUCAAAAUAACAUAUAUGCAACACUCCGAGAGUUGAACAAGAGGCUGGACGAGUUAUCUGGACGCCAGGAGUUGAUUCUGUCAAAAGUCACAUCCAUCCAGGCACCUGUGGCAGGACAGCCACCAAUGCAGCAUGCACAGGGCACAGGAGUUCCAGUGGACACAAUUAGGAGACAUGAAGUUGAUAUGGUGAUUAACAAUCAAAAUGAUUUCCGAGCACAGAUGAAAGACAUAAGGCAACUGAUUGGUUUAAUCAAAGAGAAAGCUGACCAUUUUGCCGGUGUUGGUGCAACUAGUGGCGGUGAUGCACCAAGUGGUGGAUCUGCGUCUAACAUACAAUUGCAAAUGGCGCUACAUGAAGUGAAAGACACCAUCAAACAAGUGCGCACUGACACAGCGAACAUCUUAAACACAUCUCAGGGAUCAACCACAUCAUGCCCUAACAUCAACUGCAUAUCUCCGAAAGUGUUUUUCAUUGGUUUAUCUGUACAGAUUGCUGCUCUUUUCAUCUAUGCCAUGUACAAGCAAAGCAAGGAAGCACAAGCCAAGAAAUUCUAUUGAAAACAUUGUUUUUUGUUGGUUAUUGUUUUUUUUUUACUCUCUCUUCUUCCAUCUCAGUUGAAUACUGUGUCUCUGGAUGUUUGUGACUGAGGAUUAUCUGUGUGUGUGAGAGAGAGAGAGAGAGAGAGAGAACUGCACAAGCAUUUCAUUUGGAAGUUGAAAGAGAUGUAUGAGACUAAGCUGUAGGUCUUUAUGUCUCACUGCAUGUAUGUGUGUGUUGUGUGCCUGGCUACAAGUCUGUGUGUGUGUGUGUUGUGUGCCUGGCUACAAGUCUCUGUGUGUGUGUUGUUUUUUUUUAUGGCAAAUUGUAUAAAAGAAAUAAAUAAAAUGAUAAUAAAAGUAUAAAAUGUAUUUUUAAAAACUAAAUGAUGAUGUAAGGUUUGGGGUUGUGUUGUUGAGAGGAUGGUUGUAUUGUGUGCAUCGAUGUGAUGGUGAUGGAUAUCAUUUCAUAACUGGAUCUAACCAUUGAGGAAUAAAUCUGUUUAUACUAGAGUAGAUUUAAACACCAACCCAUUCAAAUGUCACUUUCCUAAUAAUCCCUUAACCAUCACUUCUAUUUUCAUGUGGGUGGUGUGUAUGGGUGGGUGGUCAGUCCCUGGCAAUUGAGAAAGAAAAUCCUAGCCUGUGAUCUUGCUAUACACCCAUCCCAAUCUGUUGUGUCUCUCCUUGUAUACACACUCACCUCUGCUCUCUCUCUAUACACCCCUUACUCUUUGGCGAAUCUCUAAACAAACAAUUUAAAGCUCAUUUUAAUAGAGUAAAAGACAACAAAGCAAUUUCCAUGGUCAAGCGGUCACUUGUUCUUUGUGCGGUGUUUAGAGUGGAUGGACAUGAAACUGGUUCCAUUACACAGAACUUGGUCAGUGACAAGAAGAGGAAAUUGCUCCAGUCUAUGAUAGAAUGGUAAAAUGCAUGAGAAAAUAGUAAAAAGGAAGAUGAAAUUUCAUCAUUGUUUAUCAUUUACCAUUUCACUUGACACACGUCAGCCAACAAGGUUGCUCAGCCUGCUAGAAAGAGCAGCGAAAUAUCCCACAAGUCACACUCAAGAAUAUGGUCUUCGAUAGAUAGAUAUAUAAACUAGAUAGUCACAGUUGGAAUGUCUUUAAAUUAUUGGUCUGCUGAAUGAGGAAGGACUUGUUGCUAAACAAUAACGAACAUUGUUCAACAGGUGAGGCAUAGAUGUUAUCACUUGAGCAUAGGUCUGCAAUACCUGUCCUGUCACACUGCAGCGAAGCAGCCACUUUGCCAAAACCACAAACUAUGCAGUGUUGAAGCAGCCACCACCACCAUUGUAUCUAGACAUACUACAGUACAGCAUUGCCAUAGCAAUAACAGCGACCCCUGUUCUGACACUCCAUUGACCAGCAUCUAGAAACUGGGGUUAAACAAUAAUCGCUGCAGACAGAAAAGCACCUUGCCACUGCUGCCGACACACCACACUCCAAUACCACUCCUGAUACUACAUACUGCUGUCACUGCACUCCAAUACCACUCCUGAUUCCAUAGGGCCUUUGGUAUUGCUGCUGAUACAUGACCAAACCUUACUGCUGACAUCACACUGCAAGACCACUUCCAUAACUGUUGUUACAGGCAUCAAACUUCCAUAGCACCAAUGACAGAGACAAGUUUUGAGGGGGAAGGGGGAGAGGGAACUGUGGAAUCCUGGAAUCGAGCAAAUCCAAUGUGGCUGAAAGAGAAGGGUCUGGAUGUAGGCAUGUACUACACUUGUCUGCAGAACCAUCAAAUGCCUGGCUACUCACUGCUUAAACACACUGUGUUUAGGAGGGUGUAUAAGACUCACUCACAUGGACAUACAUGUACCUAGUAUAUGGAACUAAAUAUGCAGACACAAAUGCACAUUUGUAUGUGUGUGUGUGUGUGUGUGUGUAUAGAUAUAUACACACAUGCAUUUGUGUUAACGUAUAGGUGAAAUGAUGUUAAGAACAUGAAGUUACAUUCACCUGAAAACCACCUCUCCUCUCGCUAAAAUAUAUUUUCUUUUCUUUUCACAUACCUUUCAAAUAUGUUUUCGAAAGGGUUUUUCUGAAAUUUCAAUUGCCUGUUUUAUUUUUUAUUGUUUUGAGGAUGGUGUAGAAUUGGUAAAAGAGUUCUUGAGAAACUGCCAUGCACAAUUGUAUUUAGUUGCCCAGCUUCACCGCCAAUGUUUUCUCACUCACAUACAAAAUGUGGCCUUGCAUCUAGGUUAGUAACGAAUAUUAUUCAGUCUUGAAAGCCAUGGAUUUCAGAAUUGGGAGAAUAGCAGAAAGGAAUGUUUUAUGUUAUUUAGCUGUUAACCUUUACAUUGUGAGUUCAGAUCCUGCCAGCAUCAAGAUUUGCCUUUCACACUUUUUGUGUCAACAGAAUAAAAUACUAAUGAAGUGAUAGGGUUUACAUAAUACAUGAAAUAUUCCCCUUUGUGCCUCCCCUGUUAAGAAAAAUAAUCAUUGCUGGGUUUGUCACCUUUUAUUAUUUGUUUUCUCUGCAUUGCAAAGCACAGAUUUGUAUUUUGACUUUACAGUUUCUGAUACAAUAUAUCUACUUUAUGCGUACACAAGUCCUGGCAUUUGGGUUUAUGUAUUUGUCUGCUUGUUUUUUUAAUCAUUCCUAAAACACCUAUCAUAGGAUUGUUUGUUUCCACUCUCCACAUUUCUCUGUUUUCAGGUCUUUAUAUUUGGUUAAUUUCUUUGAGAGAUAUUUUAUCAACUCUUGGAAAGGAUACUUCGGUUACCUCGUUUCCUAGUCGUCCUUGACAACAACAUCUGGCUUUUUAUUAUUGAUCUCCCUUGCUGUGUUACACGACAUACCCCAGAGUAUGAUCUCUUUAUCAUCCUCGCAGACCUUCCCUAUUGCAAACUCUUUUCUGUUGUUAUUUCAAAAUAGCUGCUAAUGUACAUAAGCUUCGACUCUGUCAUGCCUGCAGCUGUAUUCCUUCUUGACUGACACUGAGCAGCAAUCACUAAACAUAUCAAAGAAGCACGUUCUUGUCCUCAGUAACCCAGCAAAAGUCCUCAAAUGCUGCAGAUUUUAAGCCUUCAGAGAGGAUCUCUCUUGGUUUCUCUCCAUUUAUAGCAUUUGUCAAAAUUAUAUUUUGAAGAUUGGGAUUCCUAUAUGGGAUCAGGAAAUACUUCGGCCCUGGUCAUUGACUGACACUUGACAAAACUAAAAAAUUACCCACUCAAGGGUACUGUCCACAUAUUGAGGGCGGUUCUGUGACCACACUUCAAAAAUGGACAUUUACCCAGGCUUACAACUAUUUUCCUCUUUCUGUUCUUCUGAACUAGCAUUUCUUUUCUCUCUUUACCCUUACCGUUUCCCAUGCCAAACUUCUUUGCUGAAUAAUUCUUAUACAGUCAUUUCCUGCAGCCCUUCAAAUCUGUUCUGGCCGUUCUUCUUUCCUAAAAGCAUCAACAUAUUGAAAGAUUUUAAUGUAACAAUUCACCCAUUCUAAGGACGGUUCUCAAAAGCAAUCGUAUUACUAACAUUUGACAAUCUACUCACAAUUAUUAAAUGUACUUUGAUAGUUUUUAUGAAAGUUUUUCAAAUUUCACAUGUGACCGGCUAGAUUGAUCUGUUAAUAAGUGUGUUUGGAUGUGUGCAAGAAAUAUGACCUACCAUGAAGCACAUAGCAGAGUAGUUAGAGUUUGUUAUCUUAGAUUAGUAAAUAGACAAACUGCUCAUCUGGUGGUGUAGGCUUGCAAAACGCAUUUGUUGUUGGCUCUAGAUACAUUUGAUCAGUUCCAAAUAAAUGAUUUAACCAAGAGAGGUGUGUGGUCUCUCUUCACUGAAACUGAUGAUAUCCAACUAAAUUGAAAUCAUAUAAAUUCCGUUAUAAGACGCUUGGGGAUUAUAAACCCAAGAUUGUUUGCGGUUAAAUUUCCAUUUUUGUGAAACAAAAAAUAGGGAAUAGCGAACUGGUUUUGUAUGAUGGACAAAGGUGUGAAAAGGGUCAGAAAUUGUUAGCAUAUAAAGCAGUGAUAUACAUUUAAAAAUAAAUGAGAAUUUAAAGAUUAUUACAACUCUCAAAAACCAAAGAGAUAGAAGAGCCUCGUGAUGUGAUUUGCAGAGGAAUUUAUCAUGAAUUAGCCUCAAAUAUAAUCCAGGUAUUUAUUAUGAAUUAGCCUCAAAUAUAAUCCAGGUAUGUCAGCAACUUCUCUUUUACCUUUUUACUUGUUUCAGUCAUUGGACUGUGGCCAUGCUGGGGCACUGCCUUGAAGAAUUUUUGUCAAAUGACUCAACCCCAGUAUUUUUUUUUUCCUUUUAAACCUGGUACUUAUCCUAUCAGUCCCUUUUACCAAACUGUAGUUAUACUUUCCAUUUGAACCAUACAUUUUGAUAACAAUGUAUUCAUUCUGUUUCGCAUCUGCUUUGAGGGGCUAAGAUUUACCUUUAGUGGAGCCCCAACUAUCUGAUACAUUACAGACUUUAUUCUCACCAAACACUGAGGAUGGAAAUGUAACUGAAGCAAGCUGAGAACAGAAAUAGGUUUGCUUAGUAAAAUGAAACGAUGAAAAUAUAGUUAUUUGAUUAAAUUGCCUUUCCUUUCAUUUUUCUUUUAAUCAUAAAGUUCUUAGCAUUCAUUUAUAAAUGCUAUUUCAAUCUAGUUGGAUUUCAUCAGUUCAAUGCAGUGAGGAAUAUUGAGUCUAAUUUCAAUGGAUUAAAUUAUUAAUUUUACAAGUGAAAGAUGGACAGGGAAGGUACAUAAUGAAAGCAUUUGGAGGAAAUCAGUAUCAUCCAUUGUUUAUUAGUAGUGAGAGAGAGUGGUAGCAGUAAACUAAAUUUGUGAUUUACAUAUCAGUUGAAAUAUUAUUCAGAACAAUUUGUCCUUCCUGUCAAUAUAACUUAAUGUAGUUUGUUAUUUUAAUGCAAUUACAAAUGUAUCUUUGUUCAGCUGUCAGAAACAUUUGAUUCCAUUUCCUGUGAUGUUUUUCCUACACAUCCUCCUGUGUAGAGAGGUUUGGCCAGUGAUUUCCUCAUCCAUUCAUGCAUUCAAAACUAUUGUUGCACAUUUUGGAGAUUCACAGUUUUUCAGUUUUUGAUGAGGGAGGCGAUCGUCUCACCAAGAAUACAAGGUUUUUCUUUUUCAUUAAUGAAGUAAAAGGGAAUAAAAUAUUUUACUUUUGUGCAUACUUUUUCUUUUUAAUCUUCUUCUUAAAAUGUUCAAAUUUGCAUAUUUUUGUAAGCCAGAUUAUUAUUAUUAUUAUUAUUUGGAAGGCUGAGAGCUGGCAGAAUCAUUAGCACACUUGGCAAAAUGCUUAGAGGCAUUUCAUCCGUUACUGUAUUCUCUGAGUUAAAAUUCUGUCGAGGUUGACUUAGCCUUUCAUCUUUUGGGAUUGAUAAAAUAAGAGCCAGUAAAGUCCUGGGGUCAAUGUAAUCGACUCUUCCCCUCCCUCCCCACACAAAAUUUCAAGCCUUGUGCCAGAAAGAAUUAUUAUUAUUAUUAUUAUUAUUAUUAUAGCACGCUGGGCGAAAUGCUUAAUGGUGUUUUGUCCAUCUGCAUGUUCUGAGUUCAAAUUCCAACGGGGUCGACUUUACCUUUCAUUCUUUCAGGGUUGAUAAAUUAAGUACCAGUGAACCACUGGGGUCGAUGUAAUUGACUCAUCCCCUUCCCCAAAAUUGCUGCCCUUGUAGCAAAAUCUGAAACCAUCAUUAUCAUUAUUAUUCUCCAAGUGAUCCUCGUUAAUCAGCUUCACUUAAUUAUUGCAAAUCCUCUUGCCAUCACACCUACUUUGUAGUCCCAUAACUUUGCACUCGUUUAACCUCACCUGUGGACAGUUGAGCUGUUGGUACUUCUUGAGCCCUGGUUUGCUUUGAUGUUGCAAGAAUUUUAUGUGCUUCCUAUUUGAUUAUCUAAAUAGGAGAAGGAGGCUGUCUCUUAUAGGAGGCUCUUGCUUCAACUCGUGUUGAAAACUCGGUGCUGUUACAAUGGUGAUGUCGUUGCCAUUAAACAACAAAUAUUCCCAGUUGAAAAGAACAAUUUGGAAGAUCUUUAAAUUUCUAAUAAGAUGCAAUAUUGUCAAACAGCUGUGGACAGGAUAGUCACUGGAAUCUCUGAAAUACUUGUUUCAGUCUAAUCUAGGAAUUGCCUGUCCCCAUGGUCUUGUAAUACUGGAUGGCUAAAUGAUUAAGAAGUUUGCUUUGCAAAUCAUGAGAUAUCCAGUUCAAGCUCUCUACUUGGCAAUCCUGGGCAAUGACUUGUGCCACAACUGUAGCUUUUUGAAUGGAAACUGGAAACAAAUGAGGUGGGAUUGUGUGUGUAAUGUAAUGAUCCAAUUGACAAUUGUGAUGAGAGUACAUGUCUGUGGAGUACUCAGCCACUUGCACAUCAAUGAGUAUUCAGUAACUCAGUUGAUUGGGUUACUGAGUACUCAUCGUGGAAACGAAGAGAGACUAUUGUCAGUCAGAGUAUGAGGGGUUCGAUAUUGCAGUGUAACAGUCUCGAGAUGCCAUGUUUAGUAAUUGGAGCUGAAUGCCAGAAGCAAACAACAGAAAUAUAAGUUUACCUCCAAAUAUUAAAACCCAAAGAUUCAACAGAUCAGGAAAGGCCGAACUUCUGUAAAAGGGAUUCAAUUUGAUGAAAUCCCAAACAGUUUGGUCAGUUAUUGCCCAUCAAAAAUGCACUUGUUAAGACACUCCUGGUAAAAGCAUAUAUAAUGAAUUUUGGUCAGAACUCGUUAAACCCUAAUUGCAAAAUAUCUCUUCAUUAAUAAACUAUUGUAGCAGCCUCAUAACUCAUGCAAGAGCAACCAAUCACUUCACUUCUUUGAAUUGUAUCCAUCUUAUAUAAAAUUUUAUUUUAUUAGUUGCCAGGGAGAUUUCUUCUGUUGACAAAUCUAAAAGACAUUUAACAUUUGAUAUUUCAUAAAACUUUGGUGUACAAUUUUAGUAUAUAAAGAUUUUAAUUCCUU